AUGAAACAAGCCAGGCUCUUCUCGAGAAGUUGUUCUUCUUUGCUCGCCAAUGGUCCUACAACAACAACAGCACUCUCGGGAGUAACAGCAGCAACCAUUACACCAUCCACAGCCAUCAUUUCCUCGAUACUCUCACAUCAUAGUGAGUCAUCUUUUUUGAUUUCUUCAUCAAAUACUACGAAUAGUGUACAAACGAGAAACAUCAAACAAAGGAAAUUUAAAAAUGUUUAUCAAAAUCCUUUUGAAAUGGUUGAGGAAUACAAGAAGAAUCAAGGAAAUGUUCAAUCAUUGAUGGAUGCUCCAGACUAUACUGGUGUUAUGCUGUAUGAUAGUCUUUUGGAAUUUAAUUUAAAGAGAUAUGAGGAGGCAAAGAACAAGGGAGUUAUUCCUGGUGAGGAAUUGCUUCAGGAAGAACCUCUCCACCAAGGUUGGGUAAACUUUAUGAAAGCAGCCAAACCAAAAGAAGGAGAAUAUCAACCUGGAAAGAGCAUUCGUACAGGAGCUAUUGGACUAAAGCUUGGAAUGAUCCCAUUUUGGGACAGCUAUCAUUCUUUUGUUCCUCUGACUGUUAUUCACAUUCCAAAAUGUCAAGUGGUUCAAGUGAAAACAAAAGAAAAAGAUGGAUAUACUGCCGUUCAACUUGGUGCAGGACCUAUGAGUGCUAAAAAGUUAACAAAGCCUUUGUUAGGUCAUUGUCAAAAGGCCGGUGUGGAGCCAAUGCAUGUUUUCAUGGAAGCUAGAGUUACCGAAGAUGCCAUUUUACCUGUUGGUUUUGAGAUUACUGCUCGUCAUUUUAUGCCAGGUCAAUACAUUGAUAUUACAGGGCGCACAAAGGGUAAAGGUUUCGCAGGUGUCAUGAAGAAGUGGGGAUUUGCGGGUCAACCAGCAAGUCACGGUGUUUCUGUUGUUCACAGAUCUCUUGGUUCAACUGGUACAAUGAUUAAUAAGGUAUUUAAGGGCAAAAAGAUGGCUGGUAGAAUGGGAGGAGAACAAGCUACACAACUCAAUUAUUAUGUCUAUAUGGUUGAUGUCGAAAAUAAUUGUAUCUAUGUUAAGGGAUCAGUGCCAGGAGGAAAAGGCUCUUAUUUAUACUUGUGUGACGCUAGAAGAAAAACAUUACCUGCUUCACCUCCAUUCCCAUCAUUUAUACCUCCAGAAGGAGAGGACUUCUCAACAAUGACCAAAGAACAAUUAUUUUUGGAAGCUCCUGGAGUUAAGCCAUACAUUUGGGAGACUAUGGGUAUUACCAAGGAAGAACUUGCUAGAGCUGAACGAGAAGAGUUACCAAAGGUUCUUACUUCAUCAGACAUUGCCUCAAUUCAAUCUGCAGAUGCUUACGAGCAAGAAUUAAUGGAAAUGAGACGUACGAGAAAGAAGAAGAGAGACCACAAAUACGAAGAAGAGGACGAGGAGGAUGAAGAAUAA